AAAGGCCCUUCCGCAAUGACAGUUCACCCGUUUGUCAAAUUAAUAUUUUUGGACAACAUCUUGCUUCUUGCAAAGAUUGUGUGUGUGCUUCGGAGAACGCCAAAAAUUUUAAGCGCUCAUAUCGUACAUGGGACUGUUUUGUUUUUGUUUUUCUGGUUGCAGAAUUCAGAAGCCAACAGUAACCACAAUUCGAAUGCGUCCUUACAAUCGCAUCAUCGCUGUGUAGAUUACCGGAGAAAAAGCAUCGCCUGUAGUGUGGAAUCAGAAUUCGGCGGAAAAUUGAUAAAUAACACCACAGUACGCGCUUCGGAGAUAAGGUUUGGAGGGUGCACGGCGUUUGGCUGGUGUGCGUUACAUUAAUCAGGCGUAGCGAGCCUUUUUCGCGACUAUUGUCUUCCGCACGAUGCCUUCAAAAAAGAAAAAGUAUAAUGCACGUUUCCCGGCGGGUCGCAUCAAAAAGAUAAUGCAAACGGACGAGGAGGUGGGAAAGGUGGCCCAGGCAGUUCCCGUAAUAAUCUCUAGAACAUUGGAACUGUUUGUGGAAUCGUUGCUGACCAAAACGCUUAAAAUCACCAACGCACGGAACGCGAAAACGCUCUCGCCAUCUCACAUGAAGCAGUGCAUCAUAUCGGAGAGCCGGUUCGAUUUUUUACGCGAUCUUGUCAAAAAUAUCCCCGAUAUGGGCAUCAACGAGGAGCUCUCCGGAUCGGAAGCAGGGUACGGUAAUGAAGGCACCUCACCGGCAUCUACCUCGACAUCAUCGUCCUCAAUGUCUUACUCGAAUGGAGGAGCAGCAGCAACAGCAGCAGCAGCGGCUGCAUCGGCAGCAAUCGGCGGUCACCAUCCGUACGAAUUGCACCCAGCAUCGCUACAACGUUCCGAGUCGUAUUCGCCAGCAACGGCGUCAUUUUCGCUGCUACCACACCACAGUCAGUCACACGGCAAACGUGGCCUCAGUCAGGGUGGAAGUUUAAACUUCUACAAAGAGAUACCGCUCGAAGAGACGGGGAGUCCACCGCCGCCGAAACUGAAUCGCCUUAAUUCGGCCCCGGCCGGUGGUGCACCGACAGCUUUGCCAUUUAAAAUCGAUAUCUUACCAAACCUCCCGACAGCGGCCAGUGCCGUCACGGCGCCAACCGUGCCGAGCUCGACUGGCAAGAGUACGACCCAAACAUCCGGUGCCAUAACGCCACAGAUAAGCUACAAUUUUGAACGACUCGCAGCAGCACCGUCGACGGUGGUCCCACCAUCGGUUUCAUCCCUCGAACCAGUCAUUAAGCUGGACUAUUCUAACCUAAGAUUACCGGCGACGACCGCGUCCCCGCAUGGGAGCUCUCGACGGUCGACGACAGCGCAGCCCACGAUCAAAAUUGAUCUCAGCAGCUUAGCAACCAACCCCGCGUCCGGAGACGGCGGUACGCCGAAGAAACACUCCGAAGCAGGAGGGGGAGGGGGAGGAAUGAGUAAACAUUAUGCUUCACCCACCACCAGUUCUGCAGCGAUAAGCCCGAUAGUUGUCCAAAGUCCGGUGGCAGCGGCACCACCGCUUUUCUCAGCCCUAUCCUCCACCAUCCCGGGAAUGGAUGAGGAUUACGACGAUAUUUAACUUACCAGCUGACGCAUAAAGGAUGCGUUGUAGUUGCAUUUACUAUGUUUCUUCUUUUUCUUUCUUCUUUGCUUCUUUCCUCUGAUGCACUAACCUCAGUUUACGACGGUUGGAUGUUGAAUGUCGCUAAAAGGAUAAGUGUUAGUGGCGUAACGUAUACAAAAAGAAAACACGCGCACCUCACGAUCGCAUGUAAACACAAAACACUGUUGCUAUGAUGUGAUCAUUGUAAAUAGAACAUUGGAUGUGUGUGUGUGAGUGUUCAACAGUCAAGCAAUGGUUAACAGUCCUUUUUAUGUUGAGCUUUCCACUUUGCUUUUCGCUCCUAGCAUUGCACCCUCAUAUGUGUUACAAGCGUGCAAAUGCAACAGAAUGGAAGAAGGACAUGUUUUACACCAAACAGUAAAUAGGUUUCAGUAAAAAAAAAAACAGCAGAAAACGUACAACUGAAUCUGAAAACUCCCUUUAACACCGAGCGAAGGAUGCGUGUUGGACACGUGGAUGGAUUUGCGGGUUCAUUGCGAAUGAACGGCACCACCAGUUCGUACGGACGGUUUUCUGAACACACUUUCGUUGUCUUUUAAACAAAAAGCAAACACACAAAACAGUAAACUGUGAAAAAAUGAUUGUAUUAAAGCGUAAAUUAAACACACAAAAAAAAA